AUGUUAGCUAGGUUACUCAAUACACAGACCGAGUUUUACAAGACACUUGUUGAGAAGGCGCACAAAUUCUUUCGAGUGAAGAUCCGGAUCAUGCCGAAGUGCGCACUAUGUGGGUUUAACUGGUUCAACGCGUACUACACCCCCGGCGUAUCUCGCAUCUCAACAAACAUCCGUGUCACGGAUGGCGAUGUUACCCCGGUUGGUGGACUUGGUGUGAUGAAAGGAAAAAAGCUGCUGAUGAAGUACUUGUGUGGUAUUGACGCCGUUCCCAUCUGCAUUGACUCGAAGGUUGUUGAGAAGACUGAUGCUGAUACAUAUCGCAGCCAAGCUGACAAAGUGGUUGACGUGUUGCGAGAGAUCUGUGACAUCCCCGUUUAUUACGACGACCAACAAGGCACAGCACCAGUGACGUUGGCUGGGUUGCUCAACGCACUCAGGUUGGUUUACAAAAGACUUGAAGACAUCGAGAUGGUCUUCAUUGGUGCUGGGAGUGCAAAUGCGACAUGCCUGCGACUGAUAGUGAGUGCGGGUGCUGACCCAAAGAAAAUCGUGAUGUUUAAUAUCAAUGGGUCGCUUCGUUGUGGACGUGACAAUAUCGAGAAGUAUUCGCGGUUCUACAGGAAAUGGGUAAAUGGAAAUAUGCAAGAACACAAACCUAAACAAAAUCAAGACAUUUUGAUUUUGUCUUGGUCUGAAAUAAAAACAUAG